UCAGUGUUUCCCGAACUGUUGUCAGUGAUAGUUCCCCGAUCAUGCGGCGACGGAUCCUCGAUCACUGAUCCGUAUCAGCAACGAGAUCCACAAUUUUUUUUUCGCCGAUCUGCCGGCAGUUCUGUCGCGCGAGUUGUUGUUGAGUUUUCCUUGUUCGUUUUUUUUUCCCCCCAUCGACAAAGACACUGACCGGGAGGAGGAAAGAUUUUUCGUCGAAUCUCUUGUUCGCGCGCUGUGCUUAAAAGUCACGGGCCGUUGUUGUUGUUGUUAUUGUUUUGAAUAAUUGGAAUAAUGAUGGUAUCGAUCAGCAGUUCUACUCGGAGGCUGCUACUCGUCUGUUUCGCGGUGUUGCUUCUAGGCCUUCUCCAACAUGCCGAAGGUGCGAGGAAGAGAUUCCGCAGGCCGACGACUUCCGCGCCGUCGAUCUCAAACGAUCAGGAAGUCUCAGCCAGUGUCAACAGGUUCAAGGUCACGCGAAAUCGUGUCAACAACAAGAGCACGAAGAACGAGCUUCAACCUGGCAAGACAAACGACUACAAGCUGGUGUGCUAUUACACAAAUUGGUCUCAGUAUCGCACGAAGAUCGGCAAGUUCUUGCCGGAGGACAUUCAACCUGACCUCUGCACCCACGUUAUCUUCGCCUUUGGCUGGCUGAAGAAAAACAAACUGACUAGUUUCGAAUCGAACGACGAAACGAAGGACGGCAAGACCGGCCUGUACGAGAGGGUGGUAAAUCUGAAAAAAGCCAACCCGUCCUUGAAGGUUCUGCUUGCGAUCGGUGGUUGGUCCUUCGGCACGCAAAAGUUCAAGGACGUGUCCUCGACGAGAUACGCCCGACAAACCUUCAUCUACAGCGCCAUACCGUAUCUGCGGGACAGAAACUUCGACGGCCUUGACAUCGACUGGGAAUAUCCGAAGGGUGGGGACGACAAGAAGAACUACAUUCUGCUGUUGAAGGAGCUCCGGGAGGCCUUCGAGGCGGAGGCGCAGGAGAAGAAGAAACCGCGUCUCCUGCUGACCGCUGCGGUGCCGGUCGGACCUGACAAUGUUAAGAGCGGAUACGACGUGCCCGCUGUCGCCAGUUACCUGGACUUCAUUAAUCUCAUGGCCUACGACUUCCAUGGGAAAUGGGAGCGCGAAACCGGUCACAACGCCCCGCUGUACGCCUCGUCGCUGGACUCGGAAUGGCAGAAACAAUUGAGCGUCGACAACGCGGCCACCAUGUGGGUCAAGCUGGGCGCACCGAAGGAAAAACUCAUCAUAGGAAUGCCCACGUACGGCCGGUCCUUUACCCUCUCGAACUCCGCCAACUUCCGCGUGCACGCGCCGUCCAACGGAGGCGGAAAAGCCGGCGAGUACACGAAGGAAUCCGGUUUCCUAGCGUAUUACGAGAUUUGCGAAAUGUUGCACAACGGCGCCGCCUACGUUUGGGAUGACGAGAUGAAGGUGCCUUAUCUGGUGCACAACGAUCAGUGGGUCGGCUUUGACGACGAGAAGUCCAUCAGGAACAAGAUGCACUGGUUGAAGAGCAAGGGUUACGGAGGCGCGAUGGUGUGGACGAUAGACAUGGACGACUUCAACGGCACCGUUUGCGGCGGAAACGUUCGUUAUCCUCUGAUCGGCGCGAUGAGGGAGGAACUCAUGGGUAUUUCGCGGGGCUCCAACGCGAAGGACGUCGACUGGAGCGCGGUCGCCACCACCAUCACCGAGACGAUCGUGAAGAAACCGGAACCGCACAAGAUUUCCGUUUCGGAGGUGCUCAGCAAGUCGAAGAAACUUCAAAAGUCGACGCAGCUCGUCAUCAACACUCCGGUCAACGAGAGAGAGGCGCAAACUAUUUGUUACCUGACGAACUGGUCGCACAAAAGACCGGGAAUGGGACGAUUCAGUCCGGAAGACAUCGACCCGACUCUCUGCACCCACGUGGUAUACGCGUUCGCCACCUUGAAGGAUCACCUGCUCACCGAAGGAAGCGACAAGGACGCGGAAAUGUAUCACAGACUGAUCGCACUCCGCGACAAGAAUCCGGACAUUAAGAUUCUACUCGCAAUCGGAGGAUGGGCGUUCGGCUCGACACCUUUCAAGGAACUUACCAGCAACACGUUCCGAAUGAAUCAAUUCGUUUACGAGGCCAUCGACUUCUUGCGAGAAUACAAAUUCGACGGAUUGGAUGUCGAUUGGGAGUAUCCAAGAGGAGCCGACGAUCGAACGGCCUACGUUAAUCUUUUGAAGGAACUCAGGCUGGCUUUCGAGGGCGAGGCGAAAAGCUCCGGCCAACCGAAACUAAUUUUGUCGGCCGCGGUGCCUGCGAGUUUCGAAGCUAUCGCCGCAGGAUACGAUGUUCCUGAAAUCUCUAAAUACCUUGACUUUAUCAAUGUAAUGGCGUACGACUUCCAUGGCCAAUGGGAAAGACAGGUCGGCCACAACAGUCCGUUGUACCCGUUGGAAAGCGCGACCAGUUAUCAGAAAAAAUUAACGGUGGAUUACAGCGCGCGAGAAU